AUACACGGGACGAUCUUUUCAUGUUAAUGGAAGGAGGAAGGUGAAAGUAAAUUUAAAAGAAAAGAACUUUAAAUAUUAUCUUCGUUAUUUAACCAGCGACGUCACGCAUGCCGGUUCCGUUCGUGUCUGCUGGACAGACGACACGCACCGUGUCGCAGACAGUCUGACAGUAUGCUCAGGGUGGGGGCUUUGGUCAAGACCUCUGUCCUGCAGCUUCCGGCGCGAGAACUUGUCAGGAGGUCUGUUCUACCUGGACUCAGUUCCGUACCGUCGUCAGCGGUUCGGACGGUGUCGAACAGUAGUGCAGGUGAUGCCGCGGGUGGAGGUUGGUGGUACAGCAGCCUGUCGGACUCUGCUCCCGUUCACCUGUGUGAAUACUUCCUAGUGAGCGUGCAGCAGGUGAGCGGGUUGCCAUGGUGGCUGAGCAUCAUGGCGGCGACGGUGACGGUCCGAACGGUCAUCACUCUGCCGCUGGCUGCCUACCAGAUGAUCAUCAUCUCCAAGGUGGAGGCAUUGCAGGUGGAGAUCGCUGAACUGGCGAAGAGGCUCCGAUAUGAAGUUUCAGUCCGAGCGACGGAGAAAGGCUGGACAGAGAAGCAGAGCCGGUUCCAGUUCAAGAAGAACCUGCGUCGUCUCGUGACUCAGCUGUACAUCAGGGACAACUGUCACCCCUUCAAAGCCAGUCUGCUGGUCUGGGUUCAGCUGCCCCUCUGGAUCAGUCUCUCUCUGACCCUCCAAAAGCUGAGCCUGGAGCAGUCAGAACUGCAGGGUGAGCUGGCAGCAGGGGGCGCUUUGUGGUUCUCCGACCUCACCGUACCGGACUCCACCUGGAUCCUUCCAGUUUGUCUGGGACUCACCAACCUGGUUAUUGUGGAGGUGUUUUCCCUGCAGAGAGUUGGAGCAUCUGGUAUCCAACGGCUGGUGUUGAACGGCAUCCGAGGGUUCUCGUUGCUGAUGAUCCCCAUCGCUGCCAUGGUUCCCUCGUCCGUGGCUUUGUACUGGUUCGCCUCCAGUCUGGUGGGAUUCAGUCACAACCUCCUCCUUCGCUCUCCGAGGAUUCAUAAAAUUCUCCAACUCCGAACUCAGCGAUCCCAGACUCCGUACAGAGACCUGCUGUCUGCUUUCAUCUCCAAAUAUAAGAAAUGGUCCUGAUAGUUCUGCACAGAACACUUCAUCAGAAACUGGAUCAGAAACUGCAGGACUAAAAGGUCCAGAUUAUUUUAGGUCUGAAAUCUGGAUGUUUUAGGUUUAAACAUGUUUAAAACCCGGUUAUGUUGGUCUUUGUGGCUCUGGGCUGCUGCAUUCUUGGGAAACUGAGGCUCUGUUUGUGUUAUGUCAAAAGUUGAAUAAAGUUUAAACAAUAACAGGAAGUUAAAA